ACUUAAUCUGUGUACUAUAUUCGCGCUUUUUUAUUAGGUACCUACCUAUUUCUAUUUACACUUCUUGACAGCUUGACUUUACUUUUCUGCAAAGACUCUUUGUGCAAAGAGUAAAGUAACUUGCUUCUUUUCUGGCACAUCUUUGUGAUCUCGAUGGUGUGACUAUAUAAAUUAUAUAAAAAAGAAGGCUGAAAGAAGACAAAAAAAAAUGCAGUGCCUUUAUAAGGUAUCUUCAACACUCCGAAGAAUAGUCUUAACUCAACAAUUACACACAUCAGCAGUGCAAUGUGAUGUUCAAAACACGGAGAAAACUAUCAAUCAAGUCACAUUAUUGGGUCGAGUAGGUGCUGAUCCUCAGAAACGUGGAUCUGAAGAUCAUCCCGUAGUGAACUUCCCACUAGCUACUCAUUUUAGUUACAAAUAUGAGUCAGGUGACAUUUUACAAAAAACGGAUUGGCAUAGGAUCAGUGUCUUCAGACCGGGAUUACGUGACACAGUUUACAAGUACUUAAAGAAAGGUCAAAGAGUGUAUGUCACUGGAAAACUAUCGUACGGUGAAGUUAAACUAGAUGACGGGCAAGUUAGAACAGCAUCAACAGUAAUAGCAGACGAUAUUAUAUUCUUCCAAAGUCAACCUCAAAAUACAUAACCACUUUUUAAAUUGUACUAAUACUGAUUUUUAUUAAUGAUUAAGUAAAGAAAUUAAUGUUAUUGAAUAAAAGUAUUUCAAUUAGAAA